AUGGGGCAUGUUGGUCAGCGUGGGGAAGUUCGACUGAAGGGUCUCUUUUCACUCUCUUUGAUUCUUAAGUAUUUUCAGCAGCUUUGCUAACACUUCAAUGGGAAGUGUAGACUUGUGUCAGGGAGCUGAUAGUUUACCUAACAUACCUUCACAAUUUAGUGGAGAACAGGUAUGUGAAGUUGCAAAUGUUCCAGUGUCCAAUAAAGCACCAUUUCCCCCUUCAAGGUACCUCAAGAAAGUGCCUCUUGAUUGAGCAUGGUCUUGGCUUCGUAAUAAAUGGUGAUUCAGGUGUUGAAUGCCAUUGUGCUGGCUAACCUGCAUGAAACCUUUCUCCAUUAAAAGCAAAGAAGCAGGGAUUUCUCCCAUAGUACAUAGAAAUAUCUACUAAAAAGAUCACAGUUGUAAGUCAGGCAAAAAUAUUUUUAUCUCCAAAAAUCCUGACCUGUUUAUAUUACUUCAGGAACUGUUGAACAGCACCACCCUUACAAAUCAAGCAUGGAAUAAAAUUUACAGUUAUUGGCCAUAAUAAUACGUUGGAUUUCUCAAUCUUCACUCACAGGCAUUGAACUGCAGUGUUUUUAUCAUGCAAUGUUGUAAAAGGCAUUAAAAAAUACACUAAGACCUAAAUUCAGUGAGAUAUAUCACUGGGUAGAAGUAGAAAGGUGCAAACUGCCAGCAGUUCACCACACAUCCAUUUACCAUGUACUAUUGGAGUAGAGAACCUUUCCUGUCCUCCACAAGUAAUUGGGAAAUAUCACAGUUUAAUUAAUUGGAACUGUACCGUUACAAAAUUUGAUGUAACUUGAAAGAAUUCAACAAAAUUACUUAAAGUUGAACAAAGGAAAAUUGUAAUUUAUGUGAUUCUAGAAAAAAAUAGUUAAAUGUGAAUUUUGUUUUCAAUCACUAUUUCUGUGUGCAAUGGUGAAAAAUGCGUUAACAGAAAGAUUUAAUUCUUUGUAGUUGUGUCUUUACUAGCCUACUGGAUACAUGGCUAUGCCUUUGCUUUUGGAGAUCAAGACAGAAUUAUUGGAAAUAAGAAUUUCUUUACUUCUGGCAAUGUCAACUUCUCACACUUCUUUUAUAAUUAUGCAAGAUGUGCUAUUGUAACUACGAUCGUAUCUGGAACUAUUACCCGAAGGACAGAACCAAUUGGUUACAUUAUGUCAAGCUACAUGUUAGCAGGAUUUGUGUAUCCAAUUGUUUCUCGUUUCUUUUGGAAUCAAUCUGGCCUUUUUUAUGUACGUCUCCCAGUUCAGGACUAUGCUGGAAGUGGAGUAGUGUUCUUAGUCGGUGGCACGGCAGCACUAAUUACAUCAUUUGUUACAAAUCUACAUGUUGAACACUGGCAAACACCAAAGAUCAAUAAAGAAUCCAGUUUACCUCUUACAGUUCUUGGUGCUUCCAUGGAACUUGUGGGCUCCUUAGGUUUUAUUGUUGGUGCACAAGGUCACAUUACAGAAUCUGGAGAUGGUCAAUCAGCCAGCCUUGCCGCGGUCAAUACUCUACUAUCAACAGGAUCUGCAGGUUUAUGUGGCUUAAUUUACCUGAGAAUGAAGAGCGACUCCUACAAUAUAAUACGAUUGGUUAAUGCAGCUCUCACUGGCUUGGCAAGUAUUUAUGUUUCAGCUGAUUGAAAUACAUUCAUAAAGUCAUACAGCACAGAACUCUUAUUUUAUAGCUGGGCUAAUCCCAUUUGCCU